AUGUCCAACCAAGACUUCUACGGAGCUCCAUACGGCGCACCCGCACCCUAUGGCGCCCCAGCCCCGACCUACGACGAACCAGGUGCUAAUCUCCCUCCCCCCCAACUCGACGCCAACGGACAACCCGUCGAAGGAGAUCGCGGACUGAUGUCCAUGGGCCUCGGCGCCGCAGGCGGCUGGGGCGUAGCCUCUCAAACCGGACGAGGAACAAUGGGCAAACUGCUCUACGCAGCAGGCGGCAUGAUAGCGGGACAAUUCCUUGGAAACAAAGUAAAGAAAUACCGCAAAGACCACAAUGAUCGCGAUGUAGAAUACUACGAGGACGCACAAACAGGAAGAGAAUGCUCGCCGCCGAGAGAAGGGGAGGGUUUACACCCACAACACGCGCAGCAUGGAUAUAAUGGGGGAUAUAGAGAUGAGAAGUAUAGCGGACAUGGAGGAUAUGAGGAGGAGAGACACGGGAGACAUCAUGAGCAUGGUCAUGAGCAUCAUGGACAUCAUGGCCACCAUGGACAUGAACAUAGAAGUCAUUCGAGACAUUCUAGUCACUCGCAUGGAAGACACCAUGAUGAAGAUCGUUAUUAG